UUGCUCGCCGUUGGACCAGUCGCGCACACACCUCGCGGAGUUUUCCUGUUGCUGCUGAUUUGCUGCAAAAACCGGCCCGUGGAUUACGGUUUUUGCAGUCACCUCUGGAAUUUGCUGGAAAAUCGUGAAAAUCAGUGUUUAUUUUGUGUGGGAAAAAGCUCAAUUUAACAUCGAAACCCAAUUGAGUGCAAAAUAGGAAAAAAUCAAAAACCCUCGCCAAGUGAAUUUAGUACGGAUUAGUUUUUCUUGGUUUAAAUUAGCAAGUUAACUGUGACCCUUAAAAUACCCUUAAAUAGCGCAAAAAUUGCGAAGCAAAAACGAAUGUCGACUGUUACAAACCACAAGUGAUUUAAAAGAUAAAAUUUUACUGAAAAUUGAAAGUUCCCAAGACGCAUGAAAUAACGGCUAGGGAAAGUAGUAGUUUUUGUUCGUUAUUUUCUUUUUUCGCCGGCGUUUUGUCGGUGGAGAGGCCUUGAAAUAAGCAACCGGACACCAGAAACGGCCCUCCGAGGAUAGAGAGGGAACGGAGUAGCAGAGCUGCGCGCAACAGACAGGACGACUUCCAGCAACCAUGGCGGAAGCGGAAGGAGGAUCCGAGCAGGAUGAUGUCUCAUUUCUGCGGACGGAAGACAUGGUCUGUCUGUCCUGCACGGCGACCGGCGAGCGUGUCUGCCUGGCGGCCGAGGGCUUCGGCAACCGGCACUGCUUCCUCGAGAACAUCGCCGACAAGAACAUCCCGCCGGACCUAUCGCAGUGCGUGUUCGUGAUCGAGCAGGCCCUCUCGGUGCGUGCCCUGCAGGAGCUGGUCACGGCCGCCGGUUCCGAAACCGGCAAUGAGUCGGUAGGCAAGGGAACCGGUUCCGGCCACCGGACGCUGCUGUACGGCAAUGCUAUCCUGCUGCGUCACAACAACAGUGAUAUGUACCUAGCGUGCCUUUCCACCUCGUCCUCCAACGACAAGCUGUCGUUCGACGUAGGUCUGCAGGAGCACAGCCAGGGCGAGGCGUGCUGGUGGACGGUCCAUCCGGCGAGCAAGCAGCGUUCCGAGGGUGAGAAGGUUCGCGUCGGUGACGACCUGAUCCUGGUCUCGGUCGCGACCGAGCGUUAUCUGCAUACCACCAAGGAGAACGACCUGUCCGUGGUCAACGCGAGCUUCCACGUCACCCACUGGAGCGUGCAGCCGUACGGAACCGGCAUCUCGCGCAUGAAGUACGUCGGUUACGUGUUUGGCGGCGACGUGCUGCGGUUCUUCCACGGCGGUGACGAAUGUCUAACGAUACCGAGUACAUGGGGCGAAGAGCCCGGGCAGAACAUUGUGGUGUACGAGGGUGGUUCGGUGAUGUCGCAGGCUCGAUCGCUGUGGCGACUGGAGCUGGCCCGUACCAAGUGGGCCGGUGGCUUCAUCAACUGGUCCCACCCGAUGAGGAUCCGACAUCUGACCACGGGUCGCUACCUGGGCGUCAACGAGAACAACGAGCUGAUCCUGAUGACCCGGGAUCAGGCCACCACGACGCAGACCGCGUUCGUGCUGCGUUCGGAGAAGGACGACCAGAAGGUGAUCCUCGAGGAUAAGGAUCUGGAGAUUAUCGGUGCUCCGAUCAUCAAGUAUGGUGACUCGACCGUCAUCAUGCAGCACUACGAAACCGCACUGUGGGUCAGCUACAAGAGCUACGAAACCAAGAAGAAGGGCGUCGGCAAAGUCGAGGAGAAACAGGCCAUGCUGCACGAGGAGGGUAAGAUGGACGACGGGUUGGACUUUUCCCGCUCGCAAGAGGAAGAAUCCCGUACGGCGCGGGUCAUCCGCAAGUGUAGCCAUCUGUUCACCAAGUUCAUCGGGGGUCUCGAAACGCUCCAGGAGAACCGUCGCCACUCGAUCUUCCUGCAGACGGUCAAUCUGGGCGAGAUGGUGAUGUGCCUGGAGGAUCUGAUCAACUACUUUGCCCAACCGGAAGACGACAUGGAACACGAGGAGCGACAGAACCGACUGCGUGCCCUGCGUAACCGUCAGGAUCUGUUCCAGGAGGAAGGCGUGCUGAACCUGAUCCUGGAGGCCAUCGACAAGAUCAACGUCAUUUCGUCCCAGGGCUUCCUGGCGUCGUUCUUGGCAAGUGACGAGUCCGGCCAGAGCUGGGAGAUGAUCUCCGGCUAUCUGUACCAGCUGCUCGCCGCCAUCAUCAAGGGCAACCACACCAAUUGUGCCCAGUUUGCCAACUCGAACCGGCUGAACUGGCUGUUUUCCCGUCUGGGAUCGCAGGCUUCCAGCGAGGGUUCCGGCAUGUUGGAUGUACUCCACUGCGUGCUGAUCGAUUCUCCGGAAGCGCUGAACAUGAUGCGAGACGAACACAUCAAGGUCAUCAUCUCGCUGCUCGAGAAGCAUGGUCGUGACCCGAAGGUUCUGGACGUCCUUUGCUCGCUGUGCGUCGGUAACGGAGUUGCGGUGCGAUCCUCGCAGAACAACAUUUGUGACUUUUUGCUACCGGGUAAGAACCUGCUGCUGCAGACGAGCUUGGUGGAUCACGUUGCCAGCAUCCGGCCGAACAUUUUUGUUGGACGCGUCGAGGGAUCGGCAGUGUAUCAGAAGUGGUACUUUGAGGUCACCAUGGAUCAUAUCGAGCAGACUACGCACAUGAUGCCACAUCUGAGAAUUGGUUGGGCCAACAAUACCGGCUACGUUCCGUACCCCGGAGGUGGCGAACGGUGGGGUGGAAACGGCGUUGGUGACGAUCUGUACUCGUACGGUUUUGAUGGUGUUCACUUUUGGUCUGCCGGCAAGAAGACUCGCGUGGUCAACGCGGAUAUUACAGAACCGUACAUCAAAAAGGGUGAUGUCAUCGGGUGUACACUGGAUUUGAGCGUUCCAGUAAUUCGGUUCACGUUCAACGGUGAACCCGUGCACGGUUGCUUUACCGAUUUCAACCUGUACGGCAUGUUCUUCCCAGUGAUGAGCUGCUCGUCCAAGCUGAGUUGUCGGUUCCUGUUUGGAGGCGAUCACGGUCGUCUCAAGUUCAACCCACCACCAGGAUUCUCUCCAUUGGUGCAGUGCCUUAUGCCCCACCAAAACCUUAGCCUGGACCCGUGCUUCUACUUUGGAAAUUUGAACAAGAACGUCCUCGCCGGACCGUGGAUGGUGGAGGAUGACUCCGCGUUCGUUCCAAAACCAACCGACACUUCCACCGUAACACUGCCAGCUUCCGUUGAAACGAUCAAGGAUAAGCUCGCGGAGAACAUCCACGAGAUGUGGGCUUUGAACAAAAUCGAAGCCGGUUGGACCUGGGGCGAACGUCGUGACGACAUGUACAGAGUCCAUCCGUGCUUGACGUCCUUCGAGAAGCUGCCAGCUGCCGAAAAGCGAUACGAUUGCCAACUGGCCGUCCAAACGCUCAAAACGAUCCUCGCUUUGGGAUACUACAUUUCGGUCGACAAACCACCGGCGAGAAUUCGCCCCAUCCGCUUGCCCAACGAUCCGUACAUGCAAGGCAACGGAUACAAGCCUGCUCCGCUCGAUCUGAGCGCGGCUGUGCUGAACCCCAAGAUGGAGGAGCUGAUCGACCAGCUCGCGGAAAACACGCACAACCUGUGGGCCAAGGAGCGCAUCCAACAGGGCUGGACGUACGGUCUGAACGAAGACGGCGAGAACCGUCGCAGCCCCCAUCUGGUCCCGUACGGCAAGGUCGACGAAGCGAUCAAGAAGGCUAACCGGGACACCGCCUCGGAGACGGUCCGCACGCUGCUGAUCUACGGUUACAACCUGGACCCACCGACCGGCGAGGCCAACGAAGCUCUGGCUGCCGAAGCGUUCCGCAUGAAGUUUGCCGCGUUCCGGACGUACCGUGCGGAGAAGAACUACGCCGUCACCUCCGGCAAGUGGUACUUUGAGUUUGAAGUGCUGACCGCCGGACCGAUGAGGGUCGGUUGGGCCCGCGCGGACUGCAACCCGGGCACCAUGCUUGGCAGUGACGAUUCUUCGUGGGCUUUCGACGGCUACAAUGAAGAAAAAGUGUCUGGAGGUGCAACGGAAUCAUUCGGCAAACAGUGGGUACCUGGCGAUAUCGUUGGUGUAUUUCUUGACUUAGUGGAUCAUACGAUCAGUUUCUCACUCAACGGUGAACUGCUGAUGGACGCCCUCGGUGGUGAAACCACCUUUGCCGAUGUGACCGCACCGGAAGGCGUCGGUUUCGUGCCGGCCUGCACUAUCGGAAUUGGCCAGAAAGCCCGCGUCGUGUACGGCCAGGACGUUGACUCGCUCAAGUGGUUCACCACUUGCGGUUUGCAAGAGGGUUACGAACCGUUCUGCGUAAACAUGAAGCGUGCCGUCACGCACUGGUACACCAAGGAUCAGCCCAUCUUCGAGAACACCGAGGACAUCCCGGACUGCAAGAUCGAUGUGAACCGCAUUCCGGGUGGUGCCGACACGCCGCCGUGUCUGAAGAUCUCGCACAACACCUUCGAAACGAUGGAGAAGGCCAACUGGGAGUUUCUGCGACUGUCGCUUCCGGUUACCUGCGCCGCGACGUUUAUCGAUGAACACGAAAAGAUGCGCCGCUGGGAGGAGAUCCGUAUCCGGCAGCACCGAUUGAUGGCCGAAGCCGCAGAACACCAGACGUCGGCUCACUUUGACCACAUCAUGAAGAGUGGCUUCACCAUGAACGACCUGAAGGGACUGCAGCGUAACUACUCGGACGAUGCUGCCGAAGCGGACGAGGGAAUGCGCAACGGACCGCAGCGUCCGUCGCGGGUGACCCGCCGUGGAGAAGGACUCAGCCCACCGGGAAUCGAAAUCAACGGCGAGCACAUGUCGGACGGGGAGAACGCAUACUCCGACAACGAGCUGGAGGGAGACGACCGUAAGAAGCGAGGCCGCAGUCCGUUCCGGCUGUUUGGCAAGAAGCGCGAUCAGAGCAAGGACAAGAUCAAGGAACGGCGCACGCCGGAACCGGAACCCCGCAAGGGAGCCGUGCAGCAGCGGGCCGUUGCUCGUAACGCUACGAUGCGUACCUCUACGGCCGAUCUGCGCGGACAGCAACCGAUGUCUCCGGAGCGUAAGGGUACCAUGGGAGCAGGUUCACCGGUGGAAUCGUUCGGAAACGAAGUGUACGAUGCCGAGUGUCUUAAGCUGAUUAACGAGUACUUCUACGGAGUGCGAAUCUUUCCCGGUCAGGAUCCGACCCACGUGUUCGUCGGUUGGGUGACGACGCAGUACCACGUGCACAGCACGAACUUUAACCAGGACAAGGUGCGACAUGCGUCCAUCUUCGUCGAGGACGAAAACGAAAGGACCGUGGAAGUUAUCAACCGCCAGUCGUGCUACAUGGUCCGUGCCGACGAGCUGUUCAACGAAGUUUCCCAGGACGCUUCCGGCAAGGGAGCUUCCCAGGGAAUGUUCAUUGGAUGCUUCGUCGAUACCGCCACCGGCACGAUUCGCUUUACCUGUGAGGGUAAGGAAACUUCGCACGUGUUUCUGAUGGAAUCCGAGACCAAGCUGUUCCCGGCCAUCUUCGUCGAGGCCACCAGCAAGGAAAUCCUACAGAUCGAACUUGGCCGCACGCCAACGACACUGCCCCUGUCGGCGGCAGUCCUCCCGACCGGUGACAAACAUAUCAAUCCCCAGUUCCCACCGAGGUUGAAGAUCCAGUGCUUGAAACCCCAUCAGUGGGCUCGUGUACCGAACACCGCCCUGCAAGUGCACGCCCUCAAGCUGUCCGACAUACGCGGUUGGUCAAUGCUUUGCGAGGAUCCAGUCUCGAUGCUUGCGCUGCACAUCCCUGAAGAGGAUCGCUGCAUCGACAUCCUGGAACUCAUCGAAAUGGAUCGACUGUUGUCGUUCCAUGCGCACACGUUGACGCUGUACUCGGCACUGUGCUACCAGUCCAACUACCGUGCAGCUCACGCUUUGUGUGCCCAUGUCGAUCAGAAGCAGCUGCUUUACGCUAUCCAAUCCGAAUACAUGAGCGGACCGCUGCGUCUAGGCUUCUACGAUCUGCUGAUUGCCCUCCAUCUGGAAUCGCACGCAACUACAAUGGAGGUCUGCAAGAACGAGUUCAUUAUCCCACUGGGACCGGAACUAAAAGAGCUGUACACUGAUCCAGAAAUGUGUCACUCGCUCCGCUCACUGCAAACCCUUUCCGUAAAACCCCAAAUGAACAUGACCGAGAUCGCUGAACCGAUACCGGCAAUUGAUUCGCUUUAUUCGCCAAGAUUCCCUCUCGAAGUGGUGAGAGAGUUUGUGAUGACCGCCUUGAAAGAGGCUGUCGAGAUUAACCAAGUUCACAAUCGCGAUCCGAUUGGUGGAUCCAACGAAAACAUGUUCCUCCCGCUGAUCAAGCUGACCGACAGACUGCUGCUGGUCGGUGUGAUCACCAACGAGGACGUGGAGAAGAUUCUGAUCUUGAUCGAUCCAGAAACGUGGGAUCCGGCGUUCGAGAAGGAAGGUAAGGAUGAGCAUCGCAAGGGUUUGCUGACCAUGAAGAUGGCCGAGGGUGCCAAACUGCAGAUGUGCUACCUGCUGCACCAUCUGUACGACGUCCAGCUGAGACACAGAACCGAGAGUAUCAUCGCGUUUGCCUACGACUACGUUUGCGAUCUGCAGUCGGAUCAGUUGCGCAGAUACAUCGAGAUCAAGAUGUCGGAUCUGCCGAGUGCCGUCGCGGCCAAGAAGACCCGUGAGUUCCGCUGUCCACCGCGCGAGCAAAUGAACGCAAUUCUGUGCUUCAAGAAUCUGGAAGGCGAAGACUUGGAAAACUGUUCCUGCGGCCUUGAUCUGCGCGACCGUUUGAUCGAGUUCCACGAUAAACUUAUGGGUAAGGUAUCGCUGAACGCGCUGCAGGAACCAGAGGAAGAAUCCACCGAUGCUGCCGAGGACACCAGACCGGGUGCGCUGAAGAAGUUGUACAACUUUAUCAACACCGUAAAGGAGCUGGAAGAAGAUCCCAAAGAACCAGAGGAGGUCGAAAAGAAGACCCCAGAGGAAGUGUUCCGCAAGGUGCUGAUCAAGCAGCUGGUCCAGUGGGCUGAAGAGUCCCAGAUCGAAAAUCCCAAGCUGGUUCGAGAGAUGUUCAGCUUGCUGGUGCGCCAGUACGACACAAUCGGCGAGUUGAUCAACGCUUUGAGCAAGACCUACGUUAUCAACUCCAAAACAACGGCCGAUGUGGCCAACAUGUGGGUUGGUUUGAGUCAAAUCCGUGCCCUGCUGCCGGUACAGAUGAGUCAAGAGGAGGAGGAGUUGAUGCGCAAGCGGCUGUGGAAGCUCGUGAACAACGCAACCUUCUUCCAGCAUCCGGAUUUGAUCCGUAUUCUGCGUGUGCACGAGAACGUUAUGGCCGUCAUGAUGAACACUCUGGGCCGUCGCGCUCAAGCACAAAGCGACGCUCCGGUGCAGUCCACCGAAGGAGAAGAGGCUGCGCCGAAAGAAAAGGACACCUCCCAUCAGAUGGUGGUGGCUUGCUGUCGUUUCCUGUGUUAUUUCUGUAGAACUGGUCGUCAGAACCAGCGUGCCAUGUUUGAUCACUUUGACUUCCUGCUGGAAAACUCCAACAUUUUGCUGUCCCGUCCAAGUCUGCGUGGUUCGACCCCGCUGGACGUGGCCUAUUCCAGCUUGAUGGAGAACACGGAACUGGCGUUGGCACUGCGUGAGCACUACCUGGAGAAGAUUGCCAUCUAUCUGUCUCGGUGUGGUCUCCAGAGCAACUCUGAGCUCAUCGAGCGCGGCUAUCCCGAUCUGGGCUGGGAUCCAGUGGAAGGUGAACGCUAUCUUGAUUUCCUACGCUUCUGCGUGUGGGUUAACGGCGAGAGCGUCGAGGAGAAUGCCAACUUGGUCAUCCGUCUGUUGAUCCGCCGUCCAGAAUGUCUGGGUCCCGCGCUUCGCGGCGAAGGCGAAGGUCUGUUGAAGGCCAUCAUCGAUGCCAACAAGAUGUCCGAGAAGAUUUCCGAGCGUAGAAAGAUGCAGGAUGAGGCAGAAGGUACUAUGAUUGCUGGGCUGAACUUCACGCAUCCGCUUCCGGAAGGGGACGAUGACGAGGACUACAUUGACACCGGAGCUGCCAUCCUCAGCUUCUACUGUACGCUGGUGGACCUGUUGGGUCGUUGCGCACCGGAUGCUGCCGUCAUUGAACUGGGCAAGAACGAAUCGCUGCGAGCUCGCGCCAUUCUCCGCUCGUUGGUGCCGCUGGAAGAUCUGCAAGGUGUGCUUAGUUUGAAGUUUACCCUGACCAAUCCGGCCGCUGGAGAAGAACGUCCCAAGUCGGACAUGCCUUCGGGUUUGGUUCCCGGACACAAACAGAGCGUGGUACUGUUCCUUGAACGUGUAUACGGAAUUGAGGUACAGGAGUUGUUCUUCCGUCUGCUGGAAGAUUCAUUCCUGCCUGAUUUGCGUGCCGCCACUAUGUUGGACCGUAGCGAUGGUUCAGAGAGUGACAUGGCCUUGUCCAUGAACCGCUACAUCGGCAACUCGAUCUUGCCACUGCUCAUCAAGCAUAGCAAGUUCUACAACGAAGCUGAAAACUACGCCAGCUUGCUGGACGCAACGCUGCACACGGUCUACCGAAUGUCAAAGAACCGUAUGCUGACCAAGGGUCAACGUGAAGCUGUGUCCGACUUCCUGGUUGCGCUGACCUCUGCCAUGCACCCAGCAAUGUUGCUGAAACUGCUGCGUAAGCUGACCGUCGACGUUUCCAAGCUGUCCGAGUACACUACUGUGGCUCUCAGACUGCUGACGCUGCACUACGACCGCUGUGCCAAAUACUACGGAACGACUGGCAGUGGCCAGGCUUCCCAGUUCGGAGCGUCCUCCGACGAGGAGAAGCGUCUCACGAUGUUGCUGUUUUCGAACAUCUUCGACUCUCUGAGCAACAUGGAUUAUGAUCCAGAGCUGUUUGGCAAAGCUUUGCCUUGCUUGAUCGCUAUUGGUUGCGCCCUGCCGCCGGACUACAGCUUGUCCAAGAACUCCGACGACGAUCUGUACGGUAAGUGUACGAGCAGCCCGGACCAGCCGCACUACAAUCCACAGCCGAUCGACACCAACAUGGUGCAGCUGACCAACGAUCUGAACCAAAUCGUUCAAAAGUUCAGCGAACACUACCACGACGCUUGGGCUAGCAAGAAGUUGGAGAACGGUUGGAGCUACGGAGAGUCGUGGUCUGAUGCUAACAAGACCCAUCCUCGACUCAAGCCGUACAACACGCUGAGUGAUUACGAAAAGGAACGCUACAAGGAUCCAGUCCGCGAAAGCUUGAAGGCUUUGUUGGCACUCAACUGGCGCGUUGAACACUCUGAGGGUGACGUACCGCUGUCGAACCGUGGUUCUACGCGCAGACAGUCCAAGCCAAAUCUUGGAGAUGCGGGAUCGCCGUUCAACUACAACCCGCAUCCGGUCGACAUGACCAACCUGACGCUGAGCAGGGAGAUGCAAAACAUGGCCGAACGGCUGGCGGAGAACUCGCACGACAUCUGGGCCCAGAAGAAGUUCGACGAGCUGCACCAGUGCGGCGGCGCGAUCCACGCCCAGCUCGUGCCGUACGACCUGCUGACCGACAAGGAGAAACGCAAGGAUCGCGAGCGCUCGCAGGAGUUCCUGAAGUACCUGCAGUACCAGGGACUGAAGCUACACAAACCAUCCCGCGGAAUGACGGAAGAACCGGGAAUGACCGCAGCUGCGAUCGAAGCCCGUUUCGCUUACUCGCUGUUGGAGAAGUUGAUCUCGUACAUUGAUCGUGCCACCAUCAACAUGAAGCUGCUGAAGCCAUCGUCGACUUUCAGCCGGCGAACGUCGUUCAAGACCUGCUCGCGAGACAUCAAGUUCUUCUCGAAGGUGGUGCUUCCGUUGAUUGAGAAGUACUUCUCGUCCAACCGUAACUACUUUAUCGCGAUCGCAACGGCUACCAACAACGUUGGUGCGGCGUCCCUUAAGGAGAAGGAGAUGGUAGCGGCGUUGUUCUGUAAGCUGGCCAGCUUGUUGAGAUAUCGCAUGGCGGCGUUCGGCGCUGAUGUUCGCAUCACCGUACGUUGCCUGCAGGUGCUGGUCAAGAGCAUCGAUGCCAAAUCACUGGUGAAGAACUGUCCAGAGUUUAUCCGUACUUCGAUGUUGACGUUCUUCAACAACACCGCUGAUGAUUUGGGACAGACGAUCUUCAAUCUGCAGGAGGGCAAGUACGAUCGACUGCGUGGAACGCAUCUAAAGACGUCAACCUCGUUGGCGUACGUCAAUCAGGUCAUCUUGCCGAUAUUGACAUCGUUGUUCGAUCACUUGGCCGCGUGUGACUACGGUACGGAUCUGCUGCUGGACGAAAUCCAAGUAGCGUCAUACAAGAUUCUGUCGUCUUUGUACACCCUUGGUACGGACGCCAACUUGACGCGUGAUCGUAAGUAUCUCAAGACCGAGAUCGAGCGUCACAAGCCUGCACUGGGUUCGUGCCUGGGAGCAUUCAGCUCCGUCUUCCCGGUGGCCUUCCUGGAACCGUUUGCCAACAAGCACAAUCCGUUCUCGCUGCUUAAUCGCAUUGCCGACACUUCGCUUGAAGCCCAGGACAUUAUGACCAAGAUGGAGAGCUCGAUGCCGACGCUGGAGACGAUCCUGGCCGAAGUGGAUCACUUUGUCGAGUCGGAGAAGACGUAUCACGAAGCGCAACAUAUCAUUGACGUGAUUUUGCCACUGCUUUGCUCGUAUCUACCGUUCUGGUGGAACCAGGGCCCGGACAAUGUGAGCCCCCAGUCUGGCAAUCACGUCACAAUGGUCACUGCCGAUCAUAUGAAUCUUUUGCUGAAGAAUGUGCUCAAGAUGAUCAAGAAGAACAUCGCCAACGAGAACGCACCAUGGAUGACGCGUAUCGCUAGCUUCACCCAGCAGAUCAUCAUCAACAGCAGCGAGGAGCUGCUGAAGGACGUCUUCCUGCCGCUGGCCGAACGUGUCAAGAAGCGCGUCGACAGCAUGUUCCACAAGGAGGAGAGCUUGCGAGGCUUCCUCAAGUCUUCCACCGACGACACGUCCCAGAUUGAGGCCCAGAUCCAGGAGGACUGGCAGCUGCUGGUUCGUGACAUCUACUCGUUCUACCCGCUGCUGAUCAAGUACGUCGACUUGCAGAGGAACCACUGGCUGAAGGACAACAUCGCCGAAGCGGAAGAGCUGUACAACUACGUGGCGGAGAUCUUCAACGUGUGGUCCAAGAGUCAGUACUUCCUGAAGGAGGAGCAGAACUUUAUCUCGGCGAACGAAAUCGACAACAUGGCGCUGAUCAUGCCGACGGCUACCCGUCGUACGGCUGCCGUUUCCGGUGACAUGCCAGCAGCCGGAGGAAAGAUGAAGAAGAAGAAGCGUGCCCGUGACAAGAAGCGCGACAAGGACAAGGAGAUUCAGUCCAGCUUGAUGGUGGCCUGUCUCAAGCGUCUGCUGCCGGUUGGGUUGAACCUGUUUGCCGGCAAGGAGCAGGAGCUGGUUCAGCACUGCAAGGAUCGCUACCUCAAGAAAAUGCAAGAGUACGAGGUGAUCGAGUUUGCGCACACCCAGCUGACGCUGCCCGACAAGCUCGAUCCAGCGGACGAAAUGUCCUGGCAACACUAUCUGUACUCGAAGCUGGGCAAGAAGGAGGACAUUGUCGUGCAGGAGUCGAUCGAAAAGUCGGACAAGAAGCCGGGCAACAAGAUCGAGGAAACGGUCGAGCGAAUCGUCGCCAUGGCCAAGGUCCUGUACGGACUGCACAUGGCAUGCCGAUCAAAACCAAGAAAGGCUAAUGUGAAACAAGCUUUAUCACAAGCACGACGUAAAAUGGCUGUUGCAUGCAUAAAAUCAAAACCAAUGUAUAAAAUGAGCAGACACCGAGCGUGUAACAUCUUCGCCCGGACCUACUCCGAACAAUGGCUCGAGGACGAGAACGUUGGCCAGGAGGUCAUGAUUGAGGACCUUACUCAAACCUUCGAGGAUGCGGAAAAGAAGAAGAAGGAGGAAGAGGAGGAGGAGGGCAAGCCCGACCCGUUGACGCAGCUGGUUACGACCUUCUGCCGCGGAGCGAUGACCGAGCGAAGUGGCGCCCUGCAGGAGGAUCCGCUGUACAUGUCGUACGCGAGCAUCGUGGCCCGAUCGUGCGGUGAAGAGGAAGAAGAAGGUGGUGACGAGGAAGAGGGUGGCGGCGAAGAGGAAGCCGGUCCCAGUAUUCACGUAAGUAGUCUAAGACGGCGUCCCGAGGUGUUGCGAACUAACCAAUCCAUCCCUACUAACACAUGCACUCACGCACGCGCUGAUCAGAGCAUGGACAAGCUCAUGGAACAAGAAAUGGAGAAGCAGAAGCUGCUCUUCCACCAGGCUCGUCUGGCGAACCGUGGCGUAGCCGAAAUGGUCCUGCUGCACAUCUCCGCCUCGAAGGGAAUCCCGUCGGAUAUGGUGAUGCGUACGCUGCAGCUGGGUAUCGCGAUCCUGCGCGGUGGUAACAUCGACAUCCAGAUGGGCAUGCUGAACCAUCUGAAGGAGAAGAAGGACGUUGGGUUCUUCACGUCCAUCGCCGGUCUUAUGAACUCGUGCAGCGUGCUGGACCUGGACGCGUUCGAGCGUAACACCAAGGCCGAAGGGUUGGGAGUUGGUGCCGAGGGAGCUGCCGGCGAGAAGAACAUGCACGAUGCCGAGUUUACCUGCGCACUGUUCCGCUUUAUCCAGCUGACUUGCGAGGGUCACAACUUGGACUGGCAGAAUUAUCUGAGAACUCAGGCCGGUAACACGACCACCGUGAACGUGGUCAUCUGCACGGUCGAUUAUCUGCUGCGACUGCAGGAAUCCAUCAUGGACUUUUACUGGCACUACUCCAGCAAGGAGCUGAUCGAUCCGGCCGGUAAGGCCAACUUCUUCAAGGCUAUCGGCGUUGCCAGUCAGGUGUUCAACACCCUUACUGAGGUCAUCCAGGGUCCGUGUACGCAGAAUCAGCAAGCACUGGCGCACUCCCGUCUGUGGGAUGCCGUCGGAGGUUUCCUGUUCCUGUUUUCGCACAUGCAGGACAAGCUGUCGAAGCACUCGAGCCAGGUCGAUCUCCUGAAGGAGCUGCUCAAUCUUCAGAAGGACAUGAUCACCAUGAUGCUGUCCAUGCUUGAGGGUAACGUCGUCAACGGUACCAUCGGUAAGCAGAUGGUGGACACGCUGGUCGAGUCGGCCUCCAACGUGGAGCUGAUUCUCAAGUACUUUGACAUGUUCUUGAAGCUGAAGGAUCUUACGUCUACCGCAAGCUUCACGGAAAUUGAUCCCAACGGUGACGGCUGGAUUAUGCCCAAGGACUUCCGCGAUAAAAUGGAACAACAGAAGAGUUACACUCCGGAGGAAAUUGACUUCCUGUUGGCUUGUUGCGAGACGAAUCACGACGGUAAGAUCGACUACAUCGGCUUCGUCGAUCGGUUCCACGAACCAGCCAAGGAAAUUGGCUUCAACUUGGCAGUGCUGCUGACCAACCUUUCCGAGCACAUGCCCAACGAACCUCGCCUGGCUCGGUUCCUGGAAACUGCCGGCUCGGUGUUAAACUACUUUGAGUCGUUCCUGGGCCGUAUCGAGAUCAUGGGUUCGUCCAAGCGCAUCGAGCGUGUCUACUUCGAGAUCAAGGAGGAGAACAUUGAACAGUGGGAGAAGCCGCAGAUCAAGGAAUCCAAGCGUGCCUUCUUCUACUCGAUCGUCACGGAGGGUGGCGACAAGGAAAAGCUGGAAGCGUUCGUCAACUUCUGCGAGGACGCCAUCUUUGAAAUGACUCACGCUUCCGGACUCAUGGCCAGCGACGACGACGGAGGAAACGUACGGCGCGAGGCGGCCUUCACGUACAUCAGUGAAGAGGAAGAGGAGCGCGCGGCAAAGGAUCCCGUCAAGCGGACCAUCCAGGCCGUCAAGGACGGUCUGUCCUACUCAUUGUACAUGAUCUCGCCCGCCAACAUUAAGCACCAGAUCGCAGUACUACAGACGAAAUCAUUCCCGGAAAUCAUCGUCGGCUUUUUCAAGAUGAUUUUCUAUGCAUUCUACUACUCUGGCUUUGGCGUGUCGCUUGUCAUCAAGUAUUUGAUCAACGUUCUGAUGUCGCUGAUGCGAGGACCGGCGCACGAAGAGGAAGAAGUGGUCCAAGAGGUGGAAGCGUUGCCUGCACUGCCACCACUGCCACAGGAAGAGCCACCGGGUACGGUGCAAGCCUUCGGGUUGGACAUUAGCAAGGAAGAAAACGGACAGUACCGCAUACAAGCACACGAAUCACCCGCCCUGAGCCCAUCGUCUUCGGUUGAAGAGACCGGCGAAAGCAGCCCGGAGGACGGUGGACCGGAAGCUGCCGGUGCCGGUGAAUCUCCGAUGACACUGGUCGAUCUGUUGGGCGGUGAAGCCGCCAAGCGGGCCGCCCAGGAACGGUCGGAAGCUCAAAAGGCACAGGAAGCGACGCUCGCUAGCAUUGAGGCCGAGUCGAAAAAGACGUCGGCCGAACCGAAGGAACCCGCUGCCGUCACCCAGAUCGACUUCUCCAAGUACUCGAAGAAGGCCGUCAGUUAUCUGGCGAGAAACUUCUACAACCUCAAGUACGUGGCACUUGUGCUGGCGUUCGGAAUCAACUUUAUGCUGUUGUUCUACAAGGUAACGACGUUCGGCGACGAUGAGGAAGCUGCCGAGGGAUCUGGCGAGGAUUUGAUGGGACUGGCAUCGGGAAUGGGCUCUGGACUGGUUGACGCCGUACUGGAAGGCGGUAGUGGCGAAGGAGGUAGCGGGGAAGGUGAAGAGGACGGCGAAGAUCCGCUGGAGAAGGUCGAAGUGGACGAGGACUUCUUCUACAUGGAACACGUGAUGCGUAUUGCCGCCUGCCUGCACAGCUUGGUUUCGCUUUGCAUGCUGAUCGCGUACUACCACCUCAAGGUUCCGCUGGCCAUCUUCAAGCGUGAAAAGGAAAUUGCUCGACGACUGGAAUUCGACGGACUGUUCAUUGCUGAGCAACCCGAGGACGACGAUAUCAAAUCCCACUGGGACAAGCUGGUCAUUUCGGCCAAAACGUUCCCCGUCAACUAUUGGGACAAGUUCGUCAAGAAGAAGGUCCGCGCAAAGUACAGUGAAACGUAUGACUUCGACUCGAUUUCGAACUUGCUCGGAAUGGAAAGAAACGCAUUUGCCGCACAGGAAGGCACCGAGGGUGUUGGCUUCUUCCACUUUAUUGCAAACAUCGACUGGAGAUACCAGAUCUGGAAGGCCGGCGUUACCAUCACGGACAAUGCGUUCCUGUACUCGCUGUGGUACUUUAUCUUCUCGGUUAUGGGCAACUUUAACAACUUCUUCUUUGCCGCUCACUUGCUCGAUGUGGCCGUCGGUUUCAAGACGCUGCGUACGAUCUUGCAGUCCGUAACGCACAACGGCAAGCAGCUGGUGCUGACGGUGAUGCUGCUCACGAUCAUCGUGUACAUCUACACCGUAAUUGCGUUCAACUUCUUCCGUAAGUUCUACAUCCAGGAGGACGACGACGGCGAGGAAGGUGAUCGCAAGUGUCACGACAUGGGCACCUGCUUCGUGUUCCAUCUGUACAAGGGUGUCCGAGCAGGUGGUGGUAUUGGUGACGAAAUUGGCGAUCCGGACGGUGACGAGUACGAAGUGUACCGUAUCCUGUUCGACAUCUCGUUCUUCUUCUUCGUCAUCGUUAUCCUGCUUGCCAUCAUCCAGGGUUUGAUCAUUGACGCUUUCGGUGAGCUUCGUGAUCAGCUGGAGUCGGUCAAGGAGGACAUGGAGUCCAACUGCUUCAUUUGCGGCAUAGGAAAGGACUACUUUGAUAAGGUACCCCACGGGUUCGACACGCACGUGGCCCAGGAGCACAACCUGGCGAAUUACAUGUUCUUCCUUAUGCAUUUAAUCAACAAACCGGACACCGAGUACACCGGCCAGGAGACGUACGUGUGGAACAUGUACCAACAGCGAUGCUGGGACUUCUUCCCGGUCGGUGACUGCUUCAGGAAACAGUACGAAGAUGAACUGGGCGGUGGCGGCAGUAGCUAAUUGCUAAACCUCCAGUAACAACACAAGCAAAACACCAGCAAAUGUAGAGAUAUAGGGAGACAAACCAAAGAGAUCGUGAGACACAAACGAACACAACCAACCAAACAAUCAGCAGAAAUAGGAGAAAUUUUUUAAAGACAUAUUUCAAAGAACCUUUACAAUAUUGAUCGAAUAUUCCAAAGAAAUCCUCUUUAACUUUGAACCCGCAAUCACUUUUCAACUCUGAAUCACUAACAAAAAGAAAAGAUGUCAAUUUUGAUUCAACUUCGAUAGAUCGUCAUACACAAUCAAACCAAACCAAAUAAAACCGGAAUCAUUAUAGAGCGUAGAAAGACCUCGGUGGAAGAAUUUUGCGAAAACGACCAACCGGAAAAGGGAAACUAUUGUUUAGAAAGAAAAAAAAACCGUGCGCGCAACGCAACGGGAAGCGCGGCGUUAUUCUUUUUUGCGAACGAAAUACAAUGUCUUAGUUUUUGUUGAGAGAGAAAGCAAAAGACAAAAACCAGUCAACAGCACAACAAAGCACUCUGAUUUAACUUUUGAUUUGUUUUAUUUUGGUUACAUUAUUGCUGCCUAUUUCUUUUGAUAGUUUUAAGUUUUCUCUCUUUUAUAUUUUUAAUGAAACUGUUAAAAUACAAAAAAAAAAUCUAUUAAAAAAAAAGCUGCUGGAAGGAGAUCGAAACCCUGGAAGAAUUAAAGAUUUAUGCAAAACUGUAGUUAAUAUCUUACACUUUUUACCUAGUUGGAGAGAUUUUACUAUUAAUAAUAAAACAGAUCGAUUACUUAUGAGUAAAA